GACCAAUGAUUGGGCUCCACGACUUUGACCGGCCGGGAGGAUAUAAAAAGCACACCGGCGCGUGGUACGUCAGUCUGACAGCAAUCGGCGAAUAGAGGAUACAGAGAAUUGGGAGAACGCGGCCUUCUGAGCUCGGAUAUUUGUGUAGACUUCAUCUACGGAAAACGUACAUUUUCGAUUUGUUGUGAAAAGACAUUCGCAUCUUAUGGUCACCAUGAAGUAUUUUGCGCUGUUCUUGCUGGUUGUUGCCAGCGUAUAUGCUGAUGAUGAUGAUAAGAGAGAAGAUGUUGGCACGGUGGUCGGGAUUGAUCUGGGCACCACUUACUCCUGUGUUGGCGUGUUUAAAAAUGGUCGUGUUGAGAUAAUCGCCAAUGACCAGGGUAACAGAAUUACACCUUCUUAUGUGGCAUUUACCCCGGAGGGAGAGCGUCUUAUUGGUGAUGCUGCCAAGAACCAGUUGACUUCUAACCCAGAGAACACUGUGUUUGAUGCCAAGCGUCUCAUUGGUCGCACAUGGAACGAUCCCUCUGUUCAGCAGGACAUCAAGUACCUGCCUUUCAAAGUCAUUGAAAGGAAGACUAAACCAUACAUCCAGGUUGAUAUUGGUGAUCAGAUGAAAACAUUUGCCCCAGAAGAAAUUUCUGCUAUGGUCCUGACAAAAAUGAAGGAAACUGCUGAGGCUUAUCUUGGUAAAAAGGUUACUCAUGCUGUAGUCACUGUGCCAGCUUACUUCAAUGAUGCCCAGCGUCAAGCUACCAAGGAUGCUGGUACCAUUGCAGGACUGAAUGUAAUGAGAAUCAUCAACGAACCAACAGCUGCUGCUAUUGCUUAUGGGCUAGACAAGAAAGAGGGAGAGAAGAACAUCCUUGUGUUUGACUUGGGUGGUGGCACCUUCGAUGUGUCUCUGCUGACUAUUGACAAUGGUGUAUUCGAAGUAGUGGCUACUAAUGGAGAUACCCAUCUUGGAGGUGAAGAUUUCGAUCAGAGAGUCAUGGAGCACUUCAUAAAGCUGUACAAGAAGAAAACUGGCAAGGAUGUUAGGAAAGACAACAGAGCUGUGCAGAAACUGCGUCGCGAGGUUGAGAAGGCGAAGAGAGCUCUGUCAGCUCAGCAUCAAUCCAGGAUUGAAAUUGAGUCUUUCUUUGAGGGUGAAGACUUCUCAGAAACUCUUACCCGGGCCAAGUUUGAGGAGCUCAACAUGGAUCUCUUCCGUUCCACCAUGAAGCCAGUCCAGAAGGUGUUGGAAGAUGCCGACCUGAAGAAGUCUGACAUCGAUGAAAUUGUCCUUGUGGGAGGUUCAACUCGCAUUCCCAAAAUCCAACAGUUGGUGAAAGAAUUCUUUAACGGCAAGGAACCAUCUCGCGGUAUCAACCCUGAUGAAGCUGUUGCCUAUGGUGCAGCUGUCCAGGCUGGUGUGCUUUCUGGUGAUCAGGAUACUGGUGACUUGGUCCUUCUUGAUGUAUGCCCUCUUACUCUGGGUAUUGAAACAGUGGGUGGUGUCAUGACAAAGCUUAUCCCCAGGAACACUGUUGUGCCUACCAAGAAGUCUCAGAUUUUCUCCACAGCAUCUGACAACCAACCUACUGUUACCAUAAAGGUUUAUGAAGGUGAACGUCCAUUGACCAAGGAUAACCAUCUCUUGGGCACUUUCGAUCUUACUGGAAUCCCUCCAGCCCCACGUGGUGUCCCCCAAAUUGAAGUCACCUUUGAGAUAGAUGUAAAUGGUAUUUUGAGGGUUACUGCAGAAGACAAGGGCACUGGCAACAAAAACAAGAUCACCAUUACAAAUGAUCAGAAUCGCUUGACUCCAGAAGAAAUUGAGAGAAUGGUCAAUGAUGCUGAGAAGUUUGCAGAAGACGAUAAAAAGCUGAAAGAGCGUAUUGAUUCUCGUAACGAAUUGGAGAGCUAUGCUUACUCUUUAAAGAAUCAGAUUGGUGACAAGGAGAAGUUGGGUGGUAAGCUAUCCUCUGAAGAUAAGGAGACCAUUGAAAAGGCAGUGGAAGAAAAAAUUGAAUGGUUGGAGAGUCAUCAGGAUGCAGACAUUGAAGACUUCAAGGCCAAGAAGAAAGAACUAGAAGAAAUCGUUCAGCCCAUCGUUGGUAAACUUUAUGGCGGAGCUGGUGCACCACCUCCCGAAGGAGAAGAGACCGAGAAGGAUGAAUUAUAGGAUGUCCCUAGCUACUGUAACAUUGUAAAUACUGGACUCGAACUUUUUUGUUAAGAGAAUAUUUGAAUGGAGAACUGUAAUUUACAUGUGAAUUCUUCACUACCCAGUGGAGGCAAAUGCUAAGCCUUAAAAAUGGCUGUUUACUGCUUUUCAUUAGCAGUUGCUCACCAAAAUCAUUUAUUUUUGUUUUGCUGUUUCCCUUUGGGGGGUGGGGGUCUGGUAUUUUCAUGGGUAUCCUGUUUAAAAGUUAUUUAUUUACAAAAUGGUCAUACACAUUCUAUGUAGAACUUUUUUCUACCAUCAUUGACCACAAUAAAUGUUUGAUAAUUAACAUGA